GCCUCCCCUGGGCGGCCCCGGCGCGGGCCCGGCCGCGGACUACGACUCCCGCCAGGCGCCGCGGCGCAGCGCAUGAGCCCUACUCGGCUCCGGCGCGUCUAUUAUGCUGCCGGGGCCGGCGAGCCAAAGAGGAGCCGGCCGCGCGGGCCGGGAGGGGACGGCCGCCGGAGCCGCGAGGCCAAGUGUGCCAGCGAACCGGCCCAAGGCACGGCCUCCAGUGCCCAGCUUUGCUUCAAAUCCAGUGCCACUGCGUACACCAGCCAUGGGGCCCAGGCCACCCCUUCCUGCACUAUAAAAUGGAGCCCUUGCUGGCCACCUUACCGGCUGUUUUCUUUUGCCACAAAAUCUGGACCCUUUACAGCCGUCGCCUGGUUGAGCCUGGAAAUGGGACGUCUCGCCUCUUCAGGGAGCAUAGAAGCAGCCAGGGCCUCUCCCAGCCGCUGCUGUGACAGAAAGUGAGUGAGCUGCUGGAGGAUGUCCACCACCACGACAGUCACCCCCGCGGGGAUCCCGGCGGCCCCGGGCCCUGUGAACCCGCCGCCCCCGGAGGUCUCCAACCCCAGCAAGCCUGGCCGCAAGACCAACCAGCUGCAGUACAUGCAGAACGUGGUGGUGAAGACGCUCUGGAAACACCAGUUUGCCUGGCCCUUCUACCAGCCCGUGGAUGCAAUCAAACUGAACCUGCCGGAUUAUCAUAAAAUAAUAAAAAAUCCAAUGGAUAUGGGGACUAUUAAGAAGAGACUAGAAAAUAAUUAUUAUUGGAGUGCAAGUGAAUGUAUGCAGGACUUCAACACCAUGUUUACAAAUUGUUACAUUUAUAACAAGCCCACAGACGAUAUAGUGCUAAUGGCCCAAGCCUUAGAGAAAAUUUUUCUGCAAAAAGUGGCCCAGAUGCCCCAAGAGGAAGUUGAAUUACUACCCCCUGUUCCAAAGGGCAAAGGCCGGAAGCCAGCUGCGGGAGCCCAGAGCACAGGUACGCAGCAGGUGGCGGCCGUGUCCUCUGUCUCCCCAGCGACCCCCUUUCAGAGCGUACCCCCCGCUGUCUCCCAGACGCCCGUCAUCGCUGCCACCCCUGUACCAACCAUCACCGCAAACAUCCCGUCGGUCCCAGUCCCCCCAGCUGUCGCCCCACCUCCUCCUGCCACACCCAUCGUCCCCGUGGUUCCUCCUACACCGCCCGUUGUCAAGAAAAAGGGCGUGAAGCGGAAAGCGGACACCACCACUCCCACAACAUCUGCCAUCACUGCCAGCCGGAGCGAGUCACCCCCGCCAUUGUCGGACCCCAAGCAGGCCAAAGUGGUGGCGCGGCGGGAGAGCGGGGGCCGCCCCAUUAAGCCUCCCAAGAAGGACCUGGAGGACGGCGAGGUGCCGCAGCACGCCGGCAAGAAGGGCAAGCUGUCCGAGCACCUGCGUUACUGCGACAGCAUCCUCAGGGAGAUGCUGUCCAAGAAGCACGCGGCCUACGCCUGGCCCUUCUACAAGCCGGUGGACGCCGAGGCCCUGGAGCUGCAUGACUACCACGACAUCAUCAAGCACCCCAUGGACCUCAGCACCGUGAAAAGGAAGAUGGAUGGCCGGGAGUACCCAGACGCACAGGGUUUUGCUGCCGACGUCCGGCUCAUGUUCUCCAAUUGCUACAAAUACAAUCCCCCAGACCAUGAGGUGGUGGCCAUGGCCCGGAAGCUCCAGGACGUGUUCGAGAUGAGGUUUGCCAAGAUGCCAGAUGAGCCCGUGGAGGCGCCGCCGCUGCCUGCCCCCGCGGCCCCCGUGGUGAGCAAGGGCGCCGAGAGCAGCCGCAGCAGUGAGGAAAGCUCUUCAGACUCGGGCAGCUCAGACUCGGAGGAGGAGCGGGCCACCAGGCUGGCGGAGCUGCAGGAGCAGCUGAAGGCCGUGCAUGAGCAGCUGGCCGCCCUGUCUCAGGCCCCAGUAAACAAACCAAAGAAGAAGAAGGAGAAGAAGGAGAAGGAGAAGAAGAAGAAAGACAAGGAGAAGGAGAAGGAGAAGCACAAGGUGAAGGCCGAGGAGGAGAAGAAGGCCAAGGCGGCUCCGCCUGCCAAGCAGGCCCAGCAGAAGAAGGCUCCUGCCAAGAAGGCCAACAGCACGACCGCAGCGGGCAGACAGCUGAAGAAAGGCGGCAAGCAGGCAUCCGCCUCCUACGACUCGGAGGAAGAGGAGGAGGGCCUGCCCAUGAGCUACGAUGAGAAGCGCCAGCUCAGCCUGGACAUCAACCGGCUGCCCGGGGAGAAGCUGGGCCGGGUGGUACACAUCAUCCAGUCUCGGGAGCCCUCGCUCAGGGACUCCAACCCCGACGAGAUAGAAAUUGACUUUGAGACUCUGAAACCCACCACUUUGCGGGAACUGGAGAGAUAUGUCAAGUCUUGUUUACAGAAAAAGCAAAGGAAACCGUUCUCAGCAAGCGGGAAGAAGCAGGCAGCCAAGUCGAAAGAGGAGCUAGCUCAGGAAAAGAAGAAGGAGCUGGAGAAGCGUCUGCAGGACGUCAGUGGGCAGCUGAGCAGCAGCAAGAAGCCUGCCCGGAAAGAGAAACCCGGCUCUGCACCCUCAGGGGGCCCUUCCAGGCUCAGCAGCAGCAGCUCCUCCGAGUCUGGGAGCAGCAGCUCCAGCGGGUCCAGCUCUGACAGCAGCGACUCAGAAUGAACUGGCUUCGGACACAACAGGACAGAUGGAUGCCGCCCACGCCGAGACUCUGCCGUGCCCCUUCUGUGGUUAAUAUACUACCUUUGUUCCAUGGUGUGCAGGUCUUUUUCAUUCAGUGUUACGAUAUCUUCCAGUUUUUGCUUUCAUAGGUCAGAGAUCUAUCUUGUGUGUGCGUUAGAUUUGAUGAGAAGGUGUGAACUCUGCAGAAAGUGUCUUCUUCAUCACUGAAUUCAGUCACUUGGAGAUGGCAACUUCAAAUGCUAACCCGAUGACCCCAGAAAACCGUGUGAGACUGGCACCGAAGGACCUCGUGGAAUCCCUUUGCUUAGGCCCAGCCUGGUCUGUAGCUCCAGAAAGAAUCUUUUCCCAGGAAGUGUCUCGGACAUGGGCACCGUACUUGAAAGCUGUUAGCUUUCCAAACAGGUAUUGUCCCUGUCACCUGGGCCUCAAGCUCUGACCCUCGUGUCUGACGCGGCUGCCUCUUUCUGGAGGGGCUGAGGACAGAUGUGCCUGCUUGUGGGGACCAGGCUGGGCCUAAGCGAAAGGUCUUCGAAGCCCCAGCCCGGAGCGUGGAACCCUUGGGGUGGGGACAGGUGGGGUCAUGGCCAGGAGGGGUGUCGUCUUCUCCGACGUGGUGAAAUCCGGAGCUCCUCAGAGGGAACGGCGCGGCUGUGUGUGCAGCCUGCAGGUUUCCAUACACUGAAGCUUUUACCUCAACUUUAAAAAACAGAAGAAAAGAUUAAAAAAACAAAAGGAGACUUUUUUUGUAAGGUUUGGCAAUUUUCUACGGAAGUCCAGCCCGAUGUGCGUCCCCGCCUGGCUAGCGCUGCCCCUGCUGCUGCUGCUGCGCCCUUGGGAGCCGCUUUCCCGAGCUUAUGUGUAUAUAAUAGUUAUUUAUUAACAUCAUUGAUCAUUUUUUAAAAAAACAAGAAAAGAAAAACAAACCGCAGAGGACAUGCAUUCAAACAAUCGCAGAGAUGCAGGCCUUUUCGGUGGCGUGCCGGGCCCGGGGCCUGCCUGGUGGCAGGCCUGUCGUCUCCAGGUGCUAACCUCCGCCCCGCGCCGUGCCCACCCACGUCUGUGUUCGCGCGCUCGCCCCUGGGUUCGUUGGGUUUUUUGGUUGUUUUUCUUUGUGGGUUUUUUUUUUUUUUUUUUUUUUUUUUUAAAUGAAACUUGGAGACUUACAGGUUUAGACCGCUUUCAGCUACAGCACAUUCUAAUUUUUUAUUUUGUUUAGUUCUUUUGUAUUCACUUCUGGUCUCUUUAAGACUGUUUUAAAAGAAAUCAAUUUAGGGAACCCCAGUUAUAUAAUAUAAACUUUGUAAUCAGAGAAAAAAUGUAUAGUAAAUCUAAGUCUUGAUUUUUAACUUUCUAUUGUAAAAAAAUAAUAAUAUACAGAGUUUAACAGAAGGUUAUGUUUCGGUUUUGUUUUCCCGGAGGCUGCCAUUUGGUCUUUGAGUGUGGGGAUGCCCCAAACCGGCCCACCAAGCUCUGAGCAUGGCGGCUUCAGCCAGGAAUGCCAGGGUCAGCCUCCCAGGCCUGUGGGUGGGGAUGCUUCCCCCUGCCAGCCUCCAGGCACCUGGCCAGGCCCUCCUCAGCCUCUCUGCCCUCCUUGGGUGGAGGAGUCUCUGGGCCCCAGGAAGAUUCCCUCCCCGAGACUCGCAGGGUGCUCCUGCUCCCGCAUAGUUACAGCCCAGAAAUGCCUGAAAGCAGGCAUUCUCCCGGACCUCGGCGUUGGGGAGCCUCCAGGGGGGCGCUGGGUGUGGAGCUAUGGUGUGGUCUGUCCUGGAUGGUGGCCAGUUCUUUCUGCCAGCACUUCUGGAUGGAUAUAGUGGAGCUAUGGUGUGGUCUGUCCUGGAUGGUGGCCAGUUCUUUCUGCCAGCACUUCUGGAUGGAUAUAGGAUAUUGCUUGAUCCUGGGUUCAAGCAAUUGUUAGUAUCCUCAUAUGUGGUGAUUUUUAAAAAACCAUAAAAUUCAGAGUCCGCCAUCCCUUACAGAUCUAGGUAUGCCCUUACUGUAGAGGGAACUCUGAUGAGGAAAUGCUGGUAAAUGACCAUUUUUUAAAUUGCUGGUGAGUCUGACACUUGGUGAGUUUUCAGCCAGUUUGUUAAACUUUUAAUUAAGUUUUGUUUAUAAUAAAAAUAUAAAUGGAUUUGAAAGUUUCAAUUUUUUUAAAGUUACCCUUGUUUUUCAAAGGUAUUUUCUAAACAGAUCUUUAAUGGACUAUUUAAACUGAGCUUAAGGGAUUCACACACAACAGCUGACAGGUCUUCACACAGGCUGAUCGGUAGCAUGCUGCCAGCACAGGGCCGGGUGAUGCACACCCUAAGCCAGGGUGCCUGGGCAUGUGGGGCGCUCCUUGCAGUGGCCCUCCAGCCGCACAGCAGUGAGUGGCCUGCGUGCACUGUCAGGGGAGCGGCUGGCUGCAGGGGUGGCACAGCAGGAGCGUCGUGGGGCCCUUCCUUCUCGGCUGGUUCUCUGCGAUGGUGGCAUCGUGCUCACCUCCGCUCCUCUUGUCUAGAAGCUGCUGACCCUGGCAGCCCACCAAGGGCACACUGAGCAGCUGCAUUGGUGCUGUCACUUUUUUAAGGCUUUCUGUCCAGGCUUCAACACUGGUUUCUUUUCAGAGUUUUGAAGGAUUGAUGUCUUCCUCAACGCCCUUGCCGGCGGGCUGAGUGUGACGGCCACAUCCAUUUCUUCUGUAUUAGAAGGCCGUGGUGAUUCAGUUAGAUUGUCCCACUGCCGAGUCCUGUAGGGCAACUUCUAACGUGCUUUUUUCAAGGGCAAAGGAGCAGUGACAAGUUGUGUGUGGGAAGUGGAUUUGAAAACACUCUGACCCCUGGAGGCCGAGGGGGCAGGCUUCGGGUGUGAACUGAACUCCAGACCCCUCUUUGUGCUGGGCGGUGGCAUCUUGCUUACAAAGUGUAAGACGGUUUCUUUUGUGUUUGUUUUCGGUUUUGUUCUUUUGCAGCACUAACGCCUCUUGACAGUCUUUUGGGAAAGAGUAACACCCCACAUAAAGAAUGUGUCACAUCCAGUGUAGCGCUGUUCUCAAUACUGGCAUAACGCUUCCAGGAAGUUUUUCUUUUUUAUAUUUAAAAUGUUACUUUUCUGUAUGAUGUGCAUGCAAGUUUACCGUAACUUUUCUUAAACUUUUUAGUGCCGUUUCUAGUAUAUUCCUGUAAAUGUCAGUUACUGAAAAUGAGUCCAAUGUAAGUAGUUUUAGCUUGUUUAUUGCAAUGCUGGCCUCAACACAACAGAAUAAAAAUGGUAGAAAGUACUCUUUGAUGUUUCUGGUAAUCAUGGACCCUUCUCCUGGGGCAUUUGUUUUGUUUUCAUAAUAAAAAGCAAA